AUGAUACCAGAAGAAAACCCCCUCCCCGAACAACUCUUCCUCGAUUUCCGCAUCUCGGACGUCCUUGAUAGUACCAAAAGAAUACCGAGGACCGAGCCAUAUGCCUCACAAUAUUGCACUGCCAUCUCAGAACACCGGUAUGGUGAUGCGAUUUUCGCUCGAUACCAUAUGGACGGACGCGCCGAAAAUGGCAUUUGUACGAAUACCCGGGAUGGAUGCUGCGAGACCUAUCAGAUUCCGGUCUUCGACUUGAUCAUGGAAGACGCGCGAGGCUACGCGCGGGAGUGUCCGGGUCUGUAUCGGAAUGCUUUGAGGUUGUUUAACAGUACUAGUCUGGAUGAUGGACGUCGUGAUAUUAUUGAAGGGCUGAAUCGAGUUAGUGUUGGCUUGGUAUGUGUGGCAUAG